UCUUUUUUUGUUUUUUUCUUUUGGGUCUCAAGGCCCGUGUUCGUUUUCCUCCUGACAGCGUUCCCAACUCAUCAAAAUCGACUUUAAGAUCCCAAUAUUUUCUAUCCGUUGAUUUAUUUUUCCACAUUUUCUCGGUAGCCAAACGGCCGAAAUUGAACUUUUGUGGUUGUGGGGAUCAAGAUCGAAGAGAAAUCCAUCAUGGGGUUCUUAGUUACGACCCUAAUUUUCAUUGUGAUUGGGAUUAUUGCGUCCUUAUGUACCAGAAUUUGCUGCAACCGAGGACCCUCUGCUAAUUUGUUCCAUCUAACAUUGGUUAUUACAGCAACGAUCUGUUGUUGGAUGAUGUGGGCAAUUGUAUAUCUUGCACAAAUGAAACCACUCAUAGUCCCUAUUCUAAAUGAAGGAGAGUGAAGUUGCGUUUUGAAAAGCAUAUAUCGCCUCAUUUGGUUACCUGGCGCUUGGAUGAUGGAUUGUCUCCAGAGAACAUCAAGUUUUAGUCGAAUUGAUUAUUUUUAGUAUCUUCUGGUGUUGGAUUUGUAUGUAAAUGUUGGAGUGUAAACGUCGAAUUCGUUUGGCAUUGUUGCUCUACAUUACCUCAUAUUAAAUGUUAUAUGUACCCUCAUUCAUUUUUCAAUGUCAAGAUAUUCAAAAUCGGAUAAAUGCGAAGUAAAUGGAAUAAGUUAGAGCAAGUUCAGUUC